AAGUACAUGGCGAAGAAAAACAAUGUGACAGAGUUUGUUCUACUGGGGCUCACGGAAAACCCAGAGAUUCAGAAAGUCAUACUCACUGUGUUUUCCCUCAUCUACACCAUUUCCAUGGUAGGAAAUUUACUCAUCCUCGUCACCAUCACUGCCAGCCCACUACGGAGGCCUCCUAUGUACUUCUUCUUGGCCCAUCUCUCCUUUAUUGAUGCUUGCUACUCCUCAGUCACAACCCCAAACGUGAUUAUAGAUUCACUCCGUGAAAAGAAGACCAUCCUGUUCAGUGGAUGCAUGACCCAGAUCUUUGCAGAGCAUUUCAAUGGCGGUGCUGAGAUCAUCCUGCUGACAGUGAUGGCCUACGACUGCUAUGUGGCCAUCUGCAAGCCCUUGCACUAUGCAGUCAUCAUGAGCUGGAGAGUGUGCAGCCUGCUGGUGGGAGUGUCGUGGGUGGGAGGCUUCCUUCAUGGGGCCAUACAGAUUAUCUUCAUCCUGCCACUGCCGUUCUAUGGCCCCAAUGUCAUAGACCACUUUAUGUGUGAUCUGAACCCUCUGCUCAAGCUGGCCUGCACUGACACCCACAUGCUGGGGCUCUUCGUUGCCGCCAACAGUGGUCUCAUCUGCCUGUUGAAUUUCCUGCUUCUCCUGGUCUCCUACAUGGCCAUUCUCUUCUCCUUGAAGACCCACAGCGUGGAGGGGAGGCAGAAAGCCCUCUCCACCUGUGCUUCCCACAUCACAGUGGUUGUCUUGUUCUUCGUGCCAUGCAUAUUUGUGUACAUGAGACCCACAAAGACUUUAUCCAUUGACAAAGCAGUUGCUGUUUUCUACACCAUGAUAACUCCUAUGUUAAAUCCUUUGAUCUAUACUUUGAGAAAUGUUCAAAUGAAAAAUGCUAUUAGGAAUUCUUUUGGUAGGAAAGUUUGCUCAGGUGACAAAUAG